AUGUUCGAGUUGUGUCUGGAAUUGAGAAUUGGGACGCUGCCUAUAUGUGUUGGUAGCUUAGGUUUGGGUUCCGCGGCUGAGCUGGCACCUUCUGCCUUUUUGGCUUCUGCUGCUGAACCGGUGGCCUUCCAGGAUCUGAUGUUUCCGAGGGAUGGAAUUUAUGUCGAUAACUUCAGAAUGCAAGUAUACGACAUGUGGCGCGCCACCAACGGAGAUGUGGUUGCGCUCGAAAACCCCUCGCAAAAACACUGGAUCGCCCCCUGUCUUAAUAGAUCAGUUGAUCGAUGGCUGCAACUGAAUGGCUCCACUUUUGACAAAGCUAGAAUUAUGGCUGCUGGUAUCCCGGUUAUAAAAGAACCCAUGGGUUUGAUAGAGGAAGUAGCCUUUAGGCCUGAUGGUUACAUGGGCUCAGGGACGGUCUCCGGCUUGGGAUGUUACCUUACCCCACACUAUGGCUGA